AUGUUAAGCGUUGGUAUUUCUAAUCCGGUGACUCGUGACAGUAAUGUUUCUAAUUCAGAGUACCACAAGAAGCUCUCAAGGGAAUUGGCUGAUUUUCUACAAGUGCCUCUAAUAGACUCUGGUGGUAUGAUAUCGGUAACUGACGUGUACUGUAUGUACAAUAGGGCGAGAGGUCUUGAGCUAGUCUCUCCAGAUGACGUCGUGAGUGCCUGCCAACUGUUUCAAUCACUAGACCUACCUAUGAGGUUGAGAGUGUUUGAUAGUGGCGUCCUAGUAGUUCAGUCUUUAGUUCAUAAUGAGGCUAAUGUUAUUGAAGAAACAUCUAAACUAAUAACAGAGCAUUCCUCAUUAACGGCACAAGAGCUGUCCAAUUUAGUUGGUGUCGCCAUCAUGCUGGCUACUGAAAGGUUAUUAUUGACCGAGGAAGCCGGUAAAGCUUGUCGUGACGAUUCUGUAGAAGGUUUGAGAUUCUACCCAAAUAAAUUCAUAGACCAAUGACAUUAAUUUACAUUAGAUGUAGCAUAAUUAUAGAUCUAUGUGUUUUUAAAUUUAAUAUAUUAUGUCACUCUUUAAAAAUGUAAA